AGACAUACCUGCUAACGCUCUAUUUAUACCCCAUUCGAAAUCCAUGCCGCCACACCACAAAAUCCGAACCAUUAAAAAGAACACAGAGCACUUAGUUCGUUACGCUCUUCUCCAAAUAUAGAGUUUCUUUCCUUUCAAUUAUUUUUAUAACCUCUUAUACCUAUGGCGAUGAUGAUGGCUGCGAUCGGAAUUGGUGCUGGCAACAAGAAAGCCAUGAAGCCGGAGAAGGAUGCACCUCCGGCGGCGGAGCUGAAGAGGAGGAACGAUGAGCUGGAGAAGCAGCUGAGGGAGAGCAAGGAGAGGGAAGAGGAGAUGAGAAGGCAGCUGCAAAGCGCGUUCGAGAGGCUGCGCGUGGCAGAGGAGGCAGAGGAGAGGCUCUGCUCGCAGCUCGGUGAGCUUGAGGCGGAGGCUGUUCACCAGGCGCGUGAAUACCACGCGCGAAUCGUUUCUUUAAUGGAGCAGCUCUCACGCGCCAACAUGCUCCUUCACAAGGCCGGUGCUUCUCCCUCCUCCUCCUCCAUCUCCAUUCAUUCGUCUUCCUGAAAAAACAUCGUCACUAAUAAAAUUUCUCAUGUUGCAACAGCAAAAGAAAUGUUAUUUAGAUAUAUAUGAUAUGAUGAUUAAGAUCCAAAUUAGCAUGGAUCUAAUCUCUGUUUAAUGUAAGAUUUUGAUGUAUAUUAGUUACUUCUGGUUUGGAUUAAUGGAAUGGGGGUGAUUAAUUUUGAGACUGUAUAAAGUAUAAACGUUUCCUUGAUACUCAUAAAUAAAGAAAUCUUGUGAAUA